GAUAAAAGCGAAUAACGGAGUGUUUAUUUACAUUUUUUGAAUCUGAAUUUGAACUAACAAAUUAAAAUUAAAAUGAAUUUUUCACCUGGUACAGUGCAAAUAUUACAAUUCAUUCAAAAUGAUUGGAAGUUAAUAUUGAUUUUAACUCUUCUAAUAUUUAUUUACUACUACUACACAAAUACAUUUGAUUAUUUUGAGAAAAGAGGUGUCCCGUUUAAGAAACCUAUUAUUUUUCUUGGAAAUCUUGGACCGCGUUUGAAAGCCGUAAAGUCGUUUCACCAAUACCAAUUGGAUAUCUACCAAUAUUUCAAAGGUCAUCCAUACGGCGGUACCUUUGAUGGAAGACGUCCAGUUCUACAUAUUUUAGAUCCUGAGCUUAUUAAAGCUAUAAUGAUCCGGGAUUUUGAUCAUUUUACUGACCGUAACACUUUGAACAGUAUGGAACCACGAUAUCUGAGUCGGUCUUUGCUAAAUUUAAAGGGCUUAGAAUGGAAAGGCGUUCGCAGCACAUUAACACCUGCCUUCAGCUCAUCACGCUUAAAAAAUAUGAUUCCACUCAUACAACAGUGUUCUAAGCAGAUGGUCGAAUUUCUCAAGAAAUUUGAUGGGAAAGAAAUUGAAAUGAAACAAACAAUGGGUCAUUUCACAUUAGAAGUUAUCGGUGCUUGCGCAUUUGGUAUUAAAUGCGACGCUUUGAGUAAUGAGAAUUCACGAUUUGUCAAAGUCGCAGAAAAGUUCGACUACAUGCCCAAAUACAAACGAGUUAUAUUACUCAUGUUAUUAGUAUUUAUGCCUAAAAUGAUCAGAUACCUCCGGCUAUCGUUUCUGAAUAUUGAAUAUACCGGAGAAUUAGUGAGAAUGCUACAAGCAGCCAAAGCUGAAAGACGAUCUUCAGAGUCAAAGAAAGGAGACUUCUUACAGAUUCUUAUUGAUUUCGCUGCAAAAGAAACUGCGCAAAACGAUACAGCUAAACGGGAAAUACUUCUGGACGAUGAUACGAUCGAUGCACAGAGCCUGCUAUUCCUGAUAGCUGGAUACGAGACCUCCAGUACUCUUCUAUCGUUCGCUAUCCACGUACUGGCCACUAAACCUGAUUUGCAAGAGACCCUGCGUGCUCAUGUUCAAGAAAUGACAAAGGGAAAAGAAAUGAGUUAUGAAUUGUUGGCGCAGAUGGAUUAUCUAGAAGCAUUCCUUCAAGAAACUCUCCGCAUAUAUCCGCCAGUGGCUCGAGUGGAUCGUAUCUGUACGAAGCCAUACAUAAUUCCAGGAACGACAGUACAUGUAGGUGUCGGCGAUGCUGUAGCCAUCCCCGUGUACGGACUACACAUGGACGAGGAUAUAUAUCCUGAAGCAAGAGAAUUCAAACCGGAACGAUUCAUGGACGAUCAGAAAAAAGAUAGGCCUUCACAUCUGUACCUGCCUUUUGGUGCAGGACCUAGAAACUGUAUAGGCUUAAGAUUCGCCAUGAUAUCCGCGAAAAUAGCAAUGGUCGCAUUAAUGAAAAAUUUCAAAUUUUCUGUGUGUUCAAAAACAAUGGAUCCCAUUGAUUUCGAUAAGAGAGCUGUUUUGCUGAAAUCAGCCAAAGGAUUGUGGGUUCGUAUUGAAUUAAUUGAUCUUUCCUAAUUACGACACGAAUGGAAUUGUGGUGUAGGUUAAUGAUAGAUAACAAACACGGGGUAAAACAAGGUUUAGAAUAAAAAUACCAGUAUUCCUAUUAAUUACGAGUAUCAUGUAAUAUGUAAUUGUGAUAAUAUAAACUUGCCAUUUUAAUACGAAUGUAACAAAAGAGAUUGUGAUAAAGAACAAACUAUAUAAGUAAUUUAUUUUCUCACUGUAUUAAUAAUAGGAAAUCUAUAAUUCUUACAAUAUAAGAAUUUUUAUUUUGUACAAUUAUAGGAUUAAGUAGAGGGAUUUAUUUCAAAUGUUUGAACGGUGAUAUUAUAUUGUUUAUUACUUUGUUUAUUAUCCUUAACGUUGAAAUUGACUUAAUGGGUUUUUAAUGAAACCGUGACGUUUAGGCAAGUACCAUAUUGUAUUUAGCCAUACGGGUGACGUCAUCACAUUUAUUUCCUUCAAAAUAAAUAUAAAUAGACGAUUUAAAAAGAUUUUCAUGUGAUAAAAAAUAUACAUUUAUAUAAUUUCCAUUUUGAAAUGUUAAUUAGUGCUCGUAAAAUUAAAUUAUAUCCCUAUUGGAUAUAUUAAUAAAUAUAUACUCGAUGUUUACUGAUGACUAUAGGCAUAAAAAAAUAAUAUAAUUAUUAACUAUGAGAUUUCGUUAACAAUUUAGAAAUAUGUAUGUAUUAAAAUAAAUUUGUUUCAUUUUUAUCUCUUUUAUAAUGUUAAAUGUUGGAAAAGGUUAAUGUUAUUAAAUAAUAAAAGACGUGGUCACUUCUCAAA